CUCCAGGCGCCCGACUCAGGCCCGGAAGGGGGUGAUGCGCGGAGGGAGGAGAGAAUUCUGCCGGACUAAGGAAAGAUGGGGAAUAGCAAAAGCCACGCGGGGCAGGAAUUUUGUUCACAGUUUCUUCCUGAGGAGCAGGCGGAGAUCAAUAGAUUGUUCGAUGCUCUGUCGUCAGAACAGCACGGCUCCAAUACGUCGCCCGGCUCCUUCUCUCUGGAGGCACUAAAGAGCCACGUUGGGGACGCUCUGCCACCAGAGAUGGUCGGCAGACUGUAUGAUGGCAUGCGGAGGGCCGACCCGCCUGGGCGGGCGAAGGGGCCCGGCGAGGGUGUCUCCCGGGUGCAGUUCACAGUGUCCUUGUCUCACCUGCUGAAAGGAAGCUCUGAGGAGAAGAGCCUCGUGGUCCUGAGGAUGAUUUCUGCCGCGGAAGGUCCUGUGAAGGCUAGAGAAGUGUCCAAGUUUACAGAGGAUCUGGUUGGUUCUGUGGUGCAUGUGCUAAACUACAGGCAGGAGCUGAGAGGCUGGACCCAGAAGAAAGCCCCAGGCUCCCCCACCAGCGUGCAGGUGCUGGCCGCCCACCUCUUCUCCGAGAUGAAGCUCCAAGACGGCGAGAAGCUCCUGGGGCCUCAGCGGCUGGACUGUGACUGUGACCACACCGUGAUCGAGGACUGGGUGUUCAGGGCCCCCCAUGUGGCCGCCUUCCUGAGCGUGGUCAUCCACAGGGGCUUUCUCCUGCUGCACCUGCCCCUCAGUCUGGCCACCCUGGUCCCUGAGCGUCAAGUCGACCAGGGCGGGGAGUUUGAGAGCGUCCUGGACGUCCUGUCGGUCAUCUACAUCAACUCCCACCUGCCCAGGAUGCUGCAGCACGGCUGGCGUCUGCUGUUCUCGUCUGAGCUCCAUGGGCACAGCUUUGCCCAGCUCUGUGGGCACAUCACCUAGCAGGGGCCCUGCGUGGUGCUCCUUGAGGACCAUGACGGCCACGUGUUUGGUGGGUUCGCUUCCUGCUCCUGGGAGGUCAAGCCUCAGUUUCAAGGGGAUGACAGAUGCUUCCUGUUCUCGGUCUCCCCCAGCAUGGCUGUGUACACGUGCACGGGCUACAACGACCACUACAUGUACCUGAACCAUGGGCAGCAGACCAUCCCAAACGGACUGGGCAUGGGAGGGCAGCACAGUUACUUUGGGCUGUGGAUUGAUGCCGAUUUCGGGAAGGGACACAGCAAGGCCAAGCCCACGUGCACCACAUACAACAGCCCCCAGCUGUCGGCCACGGAGAACUUCCAGUUUCAGAAGAUGGAGGUGUGGGCCGUGGGGGACGCUGCAGGGACACAGCCGGCCAAGAGCAACAAGAGUGUUCUGGACGCGGACCCGGAGGCCCAGGCCCUGCUGGAAAUCAGUGGGCGGAGUCGCCAUAGCCAAGGGCUCCGGGAAGCCCCUGAUGCGUGAGAAGGCGCCCCCGCCCCGGCCUUCCUGAGCCGGAGCAAGUCCCCCCUGGGUGGAGCACACAGCCUGCGGACCCUCUGCCCGUCCUGUGUGUGUUUGACCAAGAGCGGCGCUGGGCAUGUCCAGGCGCACCUGGGUGCGCUGACUGGGGCACGUGGUAAAAUCCCUCUGAUGCCAUCUACUGACUCGUGGGUGCAUCUCCCAGAAUGUUGAGUGUCAGAUUACAACUUGAUCCCUGCACUUUGUUUCAUAUCCAUGAAAUCUGAAGCCACUGAGACACUGAGACCUCUGCUGGAGUGAGCGUUUGAUGGGAAUCUGAGCACCUGCCUGGGAGGGGCUCCACGCUCAGGGUCCCAGGCCCGUCCCUUGGCUCCUGCUCAGGCCGUCCCAGGUAAAAGCGUGCCUGGAUGUCCCGUUUUCACUGGUGAAGGCAGAGGCUUUUGGAUGUGAAUCUUGAUCUUGUUGGGAACAGCCUCCUAGGACAUGAAACUCCUGCAUUUAGAGAAAGCACAGUGUAUUAAUGGGGAAAUAGCCAAAUAUUUUGGAGAUGACGGGUCACAGUGGUGUGGUCCUUGAUAGAUGUUUACAGUAAGUUCCACAUCUGUGUUUCUCAGCUGUUUUUAAAUGCAUGUGUGCCAUGAGAAAAUGGGAAAGCCAGGAGACCUACAAAUCUAAAUGUGGGGGACCUUCUGGGUCCCCAGUAUGUCCCGUUGCAUAAAUUAGUGGUAACUUGACAGUAUUGGCCUGGGGUCCUGACCCUGGCACCGCCCUGUCACUGUGGCCCUCCUGGCCCAAAGUGGGUGAUGGGCAUCUCACAGUGUGGACUCACUUUAAACAAAGUCCACUGAUCCUGAAAUGCUAAUGCUGGCUUAGAGGGGCCAGGCCUCUGAGCAGAGCUGCCCUCUGCCCUCUGCCCUCUGCCCUCCCAGCAGGCCUGAGGAGCUAACACACUGUGAGCACCCCCUGCUCAGAGGAGCUGUGGGUUUGUCUCUAAGACAUAAUACCUCCUCUUUUCAUCUUUUGCUGUAAACUUGGACCUUCUGUGGAUUGGACAAAAACGUGGCCUUUAUUGCUGAGUCACCCUGAUUAUAAGCCAUAGUAAACCGGGCUGUUUGCAUUUUGCAGCUUCUGCAUUUUCCACCAGCAGACUCAUCACACUGCAUUGGCAGUGCCCCUGACCGAGCAGAAGGCCUUGCAAAUGAGCCUUCAAGAGAGAAGUGCACACUCAGGCGGAGGGAUGGUGGCAGGACUCAGAGCUGAGUCACAGCUGAUUUUCCUUAUAAAAAGCCCAUUUUUAAUAGUUCUCAGGUGCAUUAUGUGAUCUUCCAGCUGAUGGGAAUGCAGCAGAUGCAGGACAUUAGGAUCCUCAGAUCCUCACCGUAAGUCCAAAGAAUUGAGUCCCAAAUCUUCAGUUUGUUAUGGAAGUUUUUUUUAAAGUUCAAUUAAAUACCUCACCAAUAAAAGGUCUGUCGAUCUCCAUACCCUCA